AUGGGCAACCGCCUAUCAGCCGAACGUUAUCUUUCCGACAGAUGGUGGUGGCCUACCAGCUCGAUGGGCUCCGACGGCAGCCGCGAUCGGAGCUUGCCAUCGAGCCCAACAACGCCAUUUGACAUUCCGAACAUGUCCGGCAAAACCAACAUUCUGAGGACCCCCAGUUGGUUUGGUGACACGUCUCCUGGCCCUCAAACAAACUUUCUCAGCACACCGAGCUGGUUGGAUGACCUUGUUCCCCCACCCUCCAGCCAAAUGCCCCCCUUGAGCACACCCGACUGGUUGGAAGGGGAUAUGCCAGCAUAUGCCAAGCUGCCAAGCUUUGAGAGGGGUCCCUUGCUUAAACGGGCUCCCACACCGAGCUCUGGUGAUGGCCGCACGCCGACAGCAACCGAGGGCAGCACCGCCGCACGCCGCACGCCGGACCCUUUCGACGACACCCCCAGCCCACCCAUGGACAUGCAGUUUUCCAACUCAAGCAGCCACUUCCGACAGCUGCUCGCAGGCGCGGUUGCUGAAGCAGACGAGCCACCCACACCCGAGGCCUCGGAACGCCGCCCCAUCAGCCAGCCACAGCCACUCAUGGAGCCUCCCAAUGGUAACUGGGCGCGGCCUUUGAUCAAGCCCCCAAUGCUCUUGGCCACAGCGGCGCCCCAGAAUGAGGCUCCGGGCCCACCGGGCCCGGGGCCCUACGCCAACUCACUCUUCGGCACAAGCCGGGUGCCCCCACCGAUGCCUGUGCCGCUGCCGCCCAUGCUGCCUUCUGGCUCUCUGCUCAACGAAAGGCCGGACUUUGGCGUUGGACCAGGCCAGGGCAUCGGGCUCAGGUGGGAGGUGACGAUAACAGGCGAAGGGGAACCGGGGUCCGAUCCCAGAGACCCCAAGAUCCCCUUGAACAACGAAGGGCUAAAGGCAUAG